AUCACUUCUCUGCAUAAUUCUGGUCAUUCUUCGGUUGAAGCUUUUCAAACUGUCUUUGGAAAAGAAAAACCAGGGAGAUUGCGCUGCUAUGGAAGAGUUACAACAUAUUCUAUGUUGAAAAGAAAUAAAGCGGCAAAUAUGGAAAAAAAGCAUGCUGCUGAGGUGAAAAGUUUAACUGACAAGGUCCAAGAGAUGGAGACUAUACAUAGAAAGGAUAUGGCUGCAAUGGAAGAAAAAUUGCAAGUUCUUCUAAGAGUCAUGCUGAACCAAAGCAACACAGGCAUAGAUAUGGGGGAUUUAGGAGCUUUUUUAUCAACCCGAAAUGAUGACAAUAAUGUUCGACAUUCAUCUACAUCUAAUCAUGAGUCAGUCAUGAAGCUCACAGUGAAGACUCUGAAAGGAAGCCAUUUCGAAUUCUCAAUAUUCAUUCAAUUUUGUUAG